AUGAUACCCAACCGAGUCUGUGCUCGUUGCGCCCAAAUUGUGAUAGCGACAGACACUAACAAGGACAGAAACAACGUUGUGAUGGUGGUCUGCCUUGUUCUCGGUGUAAACGCCGAGAGAACCAGCGGAGAGCGUGGGUCCCUCGAAAGUGAUCAUCUCACGCCGACCACGCGCAUCGCGCUCACGUCGGGGUUGUUUAAAUGUGAUGAGACCCGCCCAAAAUGCGUUGAUUGUCGGCGCUUGAACUUGCCCUGCCAAUGGCCUUCCAGCACACCGGUGGCUAGUCCACAUUCCCCGGAAUCCGAUUCUUAUACGACGGAACCAAUGCACCACUUUCAAUCGGAUGUGGAUCCGAUUGAUAGUGCCGACGGAGAUCCGCUGACCCUUGACUGGAGCACACCUGAUAACGAUGAUGACUUUAUCGCCUCACUUUUCCCACAUCCAUUGUUGCCCACUCAAACACCUUCCCUGGGGUCGCCGGUCUCCACAAACCCGCAUUUACGGAGCGAAGAAGAUCGUUCGCUGUUCAAUCACUAUAUUCAUGUCGUUUCGCGUGCCCUUUCCCGUUCCCAUGAUUCCGACCGGAACCCAUUCCUGGUGACGCUGUUGCCCCUAGCUGCCACAUCAGAUACUGUCACUAGUGUAAUCUUGAGUUUGAGUGGAUGUCAUUGGAAGCGGGUCUACCCAAGCAUAUGGGGCUGCGCACUAAGAAGACAAGGCCAAGCGUUGGCCCAAGUGAAUAACCUUCUCGGCAAGUCAGAUAGCCGAUGUACUUUUGAAGCAUGUGUUACCAUUCUAUUACUCUGCUUGACCGAACUAUUCGAUGGCACGUCGCGGGUAUGGAAAUGGCAUCUCAAAGCCGCCAGUGCCAUUUUAAAGUCGCCGGCCUUUCAGUCUCUCAUUUCGACCGACGAGUGGACAUUCUGUAUUAGCUUGUUUCACUAUCUGGAUUCGAUGUCGACACUCUCUCGAUGCAAGGCUCCCCUUUUGCACCCCGAAACAAGCAUGACAGAGCUCACCACCAACUUUCGGCGAAGCAGUGUACCACAACUGGAACGUGGGGAAUCCACCACGGCUAUUUAUGGAAUAUCUCCAAUUCUGUUUGACUUUUUGGGCAUGGUCAAUGUCCUGGCUGAUCACCGAAGUAAACGGGUUGACGAACUCUCUGAAAUUGGCUUCCGCGCAGCGGCGGCAAACGUGGAGACCAAAAUCGACGAAUGGCGGAUGAAUCACGAUGAGAUUCCUGACCAGAGGCCUGACACGAAAUUCGCAACCAUUGCAAUGGAAUGGGCUAUUAGACUGCGUCUACAUCAAGUAGUAGAGGGGUAUGAUCCUUUGCAUAGUUUCGUUGAAAAAGCGAUCAUCACAAUCUUAGAUGCCGUGCAAGAGAUUCCUUACGCUAGUCGAGUGGAGGGCUGUCUUCUGUUUCCACUGGUCAUUGCCGGGUCUUCGAGUGUAACGAUUGAACGAAGGAUGAUAGUGAAGGAGCGUCUAAUGGUGAUGGAAAACACCUUGGGGUUCACUCAUAUUCAAUAUGCUCGACAGCUACUAGAGACUGUUUGGGAGAGUUCCGCAUCCGACCUAAAUUGGGCAUCAGUCCGAUAUAGUAAGUUUCCGGGCGUUGUAUUUGUAUAG